UUCUCUCUGCCUCUCCUUUCGUUAUUCCCUAGGAGGUUGAUGGCAGUCCUUCUCUCGUUUGGGCCAAAGGUGUGGGAACUAACUGUCCGGCGACGAUCAGUAUUCCACCGAAAGGGAGCUGAUUCCCUAGGACUCGGCGAAAAGGGACUCUGUCCUUUUAAAGGGAGGCUCCUCCUCCUCCAGAAGGGAGGAACGGAUUGGCUAGCGCCCCGCCCGGAAGUGAACCUGUUUAGCCACGUGUGCAUUCAGUUCCACAUGGCGGUCCUACUGCUGGGGCUGCUCCAGCUGCGCUUGGCCCGAGCGCCUUGGGGGGCGGGGCGAUGGCGCGGGUACUGCGGGGGCCCUGGACCGCAGAGCUCCGCUGUGAGAGUCAGGUUCGCCCCGAGCCCCACAGGCUUCAUGCAUUUGGGAGGCCUACGCACUGCCUUAUACAACUACAUCUUUGCCAGGAAAUACAAAGGGAGUUUCAUCUUAAGGUUGGAAGACACAGAUCAAACCCGCUUGGUGCCUGGGGCUGCUGAGAACAUCGAGGACAUGUUGGAGUGGGCUGGCAUUCCUCCUGAUGAAAGCCCUCGGCGGGGAGGUCCUGUCGGCCCCUACCAGCAGUCUCAGCGCCUCGAGCUAUACGCCCAAGCCACUGAAGCACUGUUGCAGACUGGAGCUGCUUACUAUUGCUUCUGUACCCCACAGCGCCUGGAGCUGCUGAAAAAAGAGGCCCUAAGGAACCAUCAGACUCCCCGGUAUGACAAUCGGUGCCGGCUCUUGAGUCCUGAGCGUGUGGCCAGGAAAUUGGCAGAGGGUGCCAAGCCAAUUGUCCGCUUCCGUCUGGAGGAGGGAGCUGAGACUUUCCAGGACCUGGUACAUGGCUGGAACCGGCACGAAGUGGCCAGUGUUGAGGGUGACCCUGUGAUCCUGAAGAGUGAUGGUUUCCCCACCUAUCACCUGGCCUGUGUGGUGGAUGACCAUCAUAUGGGCAUCAGCCAUGUUCUUCGAGGCAGUGAGUGGCUUGUCUCUACUGCCAAACAUCUCCUUUUAUACAAGGCCCUGGGUUGGGAGCCACCCCACUUUGCCCAUUUGCCUCUGCUUCUCAAUAAGGAUGGCAGCAAGUUGUCCAAGCGGCAAGGGGACAUCUUUCUGGAACACUUCGCUUCAGCUGGCUUUCUCCCAGAGACUUUGUUAGACAUCAUCACCAAUUAUGGCUCAGGGUUUGCAGGGAACCAGAUGGGGAGGACGCUGCCAGAGUUGAUAGAACAGUUUGACUUAACUGGGGUCAGCACCCAUUCAGCCCUGCUGGAUCUGGAGAAACUUCCUGAAUUCAACAGGCUGCAUUUGAUUCGAUUGUUGAAUGACAAGGCUCAGAGGCUCCCGCUUGUGAAGAAGCUUCAGGCCAUGGUGGAGGAGGUGUAUGGAAAGCAGCUGGAGGACAGGGACAUCCUCAGUGAGGACUACGUAGAGAGGAUCCUUUUGCUGGGACAGGGGCGCAUCAGUCGUUUGCAGGACUUGGUCUCACCAGCAUAUUCCUAUGUAUGGACUCGCCCAGCUGUGGCCCGAGCACAGCUGCAGACCAUCUCAGGAGAAGUGGAUGUGAUUGCUAAGCUUGUCCUGGGGUUGUUGGAAACACCCGGCAUAUCUCUCACUCAGGAGGUGCUGAACCAAGAGCUGAAAAGACUGUCAGAGAAAACAGAAGGUGUUGAGUAUGUCAGAAUGAUGAAACUUCUCCGCAUGGCACUCAGUGGACAGCAGCGAGGCCCAACUGUUGCAGAGAUGAUGGUGUCCUUGGGACCAAAGGAAGUUCGGGAACGGAUACAGAGGGUUCUCUCAAGCUAGGGAGAAGAUUCUCAGGGUGGAUGGACAAGGACAGCUCGUGACCCACUUUCCUGGAAACUGCUACUGGGAUAUCAGGGCUGAAACUGGUGUUCAGGAAGUCCAUGGUAUUAAUGUGAGACCAACAUGGCUAUAGCUACUGUGUGUUGAUGGUUCCUCCAGGCUUACCCCUCUGACCAUUUACUGGUCUAGGAAGAUCCCACCCUAUCAUCUUGUUCCUUUCUUGGCUAUAAAAAGGGGCUGCCUUUGGAACCCAUCUUUCCAUUUCCUUGUGUACCAUAUUAUGUUCCAAGGGUUUAGGAUUGGUUCUUGGUUCCUGGAAUUAGAUCCCAUCUGAACAUCUGACACUGUAGUAGACCUGAAGGCCUCAGACUGGACUCAGGAUUUAAUUGUCUGAGCUCUGACACGAUCUGGUCUUGUGGCCCUGUCCUCAGCCCUGGUUUGGAUUUUUAACCAUAAAGGAUGAAUAAGUCUAGUAAGUCUCCAGAGUGAGUAAAGUGGCCCAGGCUUAACUAGGUGGGAUCUUGGAGGAUUUCCCACCAGGGCUAGGGAAGGCAAGACUGAAAGGACCCUGGGAUCUAUUAGGACAGUGUUUUCUGCUUUAUUGCCUGAGCACUCUGAGUCUAGCAUCAGGGAGUAUUUUCCAGACAGAGAUGGAAUGCUUUCCAAACCGUUGGAGUAGAAUUAUUCCUUCUGAAGUCCUUUAUCUACUCAAAGACUCCCCUUAUCCCUUGUCAUUCUUCUCUUCUAAUUUGGGGGGGGGGAAAGAGAAUAUAAUGGGGAGGUUAAAAAAUUAUCAUUUUUAUCAAUACCUUUGUUUUCACUUCACAUUUAUUUCUGAAUAUAUCCCUCCCUUUACUCUUACCAUGAACCAUCUCUUUGAACAAGAUCUUUUUUUAAAAGAGAAAAAAAGUAGUUCAAUAAAACUGAUCAUAUUUGACAAUAUAUGUAAUACUUUA